ACAGUUGCAUUUUUCGCACUCUCUGGUCUGGAUAUGUUGGAUUCCUUAGAUGUGGUGAACAAAGAUGAUAUAAUAGAAUGGAUUUAUUCCCUGCAGGUCCUUCCCACAGAAGACAGGUCAAACUUGGAUCGCUGUGGAUUCAGAGGCUCUUCAUAUUUAGGGAUGCCGUUCAAUCCCUCCAAGGGUCCAGGUAUAUCUCAUCCCUAUGACAGUGGGCACAUAGCAAUGACUUACACAGGUCUGUCAUGUCUGGUUAUUCUUGGAGAUGAUUUAAGUCGAGUAGAUAAAGAUGCUGUACUGGCAGGACUGAGAGCUCUCCAGCUGGAGGAUGGAAGUUUCUGUGCAGUGCUGGAAGGAAGUGAGAAUGAUAUGAGGUUUGUGUACUGUGCUUCCUGCAUCUGCUACAUGCUCGAUAACUGGUCAGGCAUGGAUAUGAAAAAAGCAAUAGACUACAUUAGAAGAAGUAUGUCUUACGAUAACGGCCUGGCACAGGGAGCUGGACUGGAAUCUCAUGGUGGCUCUACGUUUUGUGGUAUUGCAUCACUCUGUUUGAUGGGUAAACUGGAGGAAGUUUUUUCAGAAAAAGAACUGAACAGAAUAAGAAGGUGGUGUAUAAUGAGACAACAGAAUGGCUACCACGGACGACCCAACAAACCUGUAGACACUUGCUAUUCCUUUUGGGUGGGAGCAACAUUGAAGCUCUUGAACAUAUUUCAGUAUACAAAUUUUGAGAAAAACCGGAAUUACAUCCUGUCAACUCAAGAUCGCCUUGUUGGUGGAUUUGCCAAGUGGCCAGAUAGCCAUCCAGAUGCUUUACACGCCUACUUUGGGAUCUGUGGUUUGUCGUUAAUUGGAGAAUCUGGUAUUUGCAAAGUUCAUCCCGCCCUGAAUCUUUACAUUGCUGAGGCUGAACCUAAAUACGAAAUUAAAUUAAAUGUCUUUACCAUGUGCUUGAGGAGGUAAAAAAUGUCUUGGCUAUC